GGUGGACGGCGGAACGCGGCGGGGCUGAUGACUUGGUGUUUGCUCUUCGUUCGCUAGGAGCCUAGGAGCGGAUUACUCAAGUUGAACGACAGAAGCAAACAAUGGAGCAACGAAGCCCUGCUUCCCCUCACCCUGCUCUUUUCCCUUCACUUAAGUUUCCUCAAUUUUAUCUUCCGGCAAGUCUGGCCAUACAUUUUGAGUUCCAUAACGGCAAGUUUCGACAUUAGUAAACGGCGCAAGAUUCCAGAUUCAUCUUGUUCAUGAUUAGAUGAUUUCCAGAGCUUCCCUUCAACAUCCAUGGAUCAUAAGUAAUACAGAGUAUUAUGAGAGUAAUACAUUAUGCAGGUGACUUUGUUUGGUGAGAGUAAAUUUAGAUUGAAUUUGAGUGUAUUUAGUAGAAAAUGUAUUGUAAGCAAGGGGGAAAUUCCAAUGUGUGUAAUUGGAAAAUUGCUAAGGCAAUUGUUGGAUAUACGUGAGUCUCUAGGUUGUGUCGUUUUGAUGCUCCUCGCCGUAGGUGUUCAUGGCAUUUCUAUUUGUGUUUCUGGCAUUUUGCAAUUGCAAAGUUUUUGGGUUUCCAGCUAUCUUGAGUUUUCGACUUUCUGGCAUGCUUGUGAUUUCCAUUUUCCGGUUCUUCGUAAUCGGCAACAGCGUAGUUCUCAGUUAAAAUAAUUCUUAUGGAGU